AUUUUAAGCUUAGCGUUAUACUGUGAAUGUGGCUGCUACGAAAUUUUUCAGUGCUCUACUUCGUCUUUAAAGUUUUUCGUCUAAAAUAAGAUUAUUCUGAAAGAAAGUAAACAGUGUAGAGAAUAAUCGUUUGUAAAACAAAUCUAAAUGAACUUUCAGUAUAUCUGGGAAAUGAAGUCGGGUUUUUGAAGGAGUGAAUAAAACUGUAAAUGUGUGAACUCAUAUAAAAGAUCAGAGAGCGCUUUUGUUAAACAUAAUUUACCAGCUUUUACUUGAUUCCGCAUAAUCUGUUAUAAAAGGAUGAGCUACUCGAGAAGCCAUCAAUACUAUGAGCAACCUUCUCGUUCUCGCAGUCGAGACAGGAAAUAUCGUCGAGAGUAUCGCGAAGAAGGCGACAGAUAUGGUUCAUCGUAUGGAAAUUACACCGAGUACAGUGGCGGCUCCUCUGCUCGGUAUGAACGCCGUGCUCCGCGUCAGACUUCGUAUACAAGUAGCCAUAAAGCACCCGAACCAACCACUAUGCCCCCAAGCCUAGUUCUGGCAGUGUUUAAUCUAAGCAUCUACACUACCGAAGCAGAACUGUACGACGUUUUCUCGAAAUUUGGCCCACUGAAGAAGGCAACUGUAGUGCUCGAUGCUAAGACUGGACGUUCCCGUGGUUUUGGGUUCGUUUACUUCGAUAGCAUCGAGGAUGCCAAGGUGGCUCAUGCCCAGGCAGAUGGGAUCGAAAUCGGUGAUCGCCGAAUCAGAAUUGACUUUUCCGCUACGGAGAAACCACAUGAUCCAACACCUGGAGUUUACUUCGGGAAGGUCAGCUACCCGAAGAGUGGUGGCCGGCAAUCAUUCGGGCCCCCAGCACCGGUUGCUAAUACUAACGUGAGUGCUACUAUGGCAAGCACCGGUGGUUACUAUCACUGCCGGGCGUGUGAAAUCGAGGCUCGUGAGCGCGAACGAUGGGAACGGGAGGCUCGACGAUAUGGAAAUGGAGACCAGUACUAUUAUCAAGAAAAGUAUGCCACUGCAGAUACUCGUACUCGUGAUCGAUCGGCAAUGUCCAGAACGCGUAAUGAUUAUUACAGAGGAGGUGCUGGAUAUCGUUGACGUUGGGCCCCAAUGGGUAUCGUAGCUCCGCAGGGCGGAUAUGCUCCGAUAAUAUAAUAGCAUUCGCCAAUGCUUAUCAUUUCUUUUAAUCUUUUUACUUCUUUUCUGGAUAUUUUUAUGAAUACCAUAAUUAACAAGCGUGCUCGAGCUGAGUAACGAGUUUGAUCGGUGUAAUCCGCGCAUCGAAAAUGCAGCAAAGAAUAAUUAUGACAACACGUUUACCGGGUACCGCAUGCUUUGACAAAUAAAACCUUUAUAAAUCUUAGUAAAACCUCACAAUUAUCCUACCUAUUUCAUGAAUAUAAAUUUUAAAAAAGUAAUCAAA